GCAGAACCGUGAGUGAAACGUCAACGCGGUGUCGUGUAUAACCUGUAUUUUUGUUAUUUAUGCAUGCUCUUUUCAACCUUUUCAUGUAUCGUAUUACAGAAACUAAAGAAACUUAAUUUAUUUGGAAGUUAAAAAGAUGACGACCAUAAUUGGCAAUGAUAAUAAUCCAGCGACGUUAAAACUGGUCAUAGCAAAUAAUUUUGCCAGAACAAAAUGCAAACUUGAUCUCACCCCAAAUGAUGGUAAAAGACAACUACCAUAUUUAGUUGCAAACUCUGACCGAGAAUAUUUCAUUCCAAAUGCUGCAAUAUGGUAUUUAUUGGAACCUUCAGACGAGAUUUCCGAGAAAGUGACUGAAUUACUCGAAUUAGAGGCAAUUGCUCUAUCACCUUCCCUUGCAUUUAUUUUCGGUGGAAAUAGUAAAUCUGACAAAAUCAAAGGUAUCAUAAAAUCAUCCCUCGAUACAAUUAAUUUGGAGAUUAAAGAUAAAUUAUUCUUAAUCGGGGACAGUGUUUCAAUAGCUGAUAUUGCUAUUUUUAGUACUUUAUAUCCCUUAUAUAAAUCAGAGAAAUUAUUUAAGGAAUACCUGGCAAAUAUGGCUAAUAUUGUUCAAUGGAUUAAGUCACUUGAAGAAAAGCCUGAGAUUAAGGAUGCUUUAAAAGUGAUUUUUCAUGACAAAGUUAACAUUGGCCAUGCAUCAUAUCAUACUUUGCUACAAAGUUCGAAAUAUGUACUACCACAAGAUGAUUCGAUACCUAAUCAAAUCCAAGAAAAAGAAUCACCUACACAUGAAAAAGAGUCUCCAAUUCAUAUAUCUGAGGUGGUUGGCAAGGAAGAAUUAGAAGCAGUGGAGAAAGCAUGGAAAAAAGAUAUAAAAAAUUUGCCAAAAUUAAAGAAAAUAAAUAAUAUUGUAUUGCCAAAAGCUGGAGAAAAGAAUAUUUUUAUUACUUCAGCAUUGCCCUAUGUGAACAAUGUUCCUCACUUGGGCAAUAUUAUUGGAUGUGUCUUGUCGGCUGAUGUGUUUGCAAGAUUUUCGCGGCUGUGCAACAAUAACACAUUGUUCAUUUGUGGUACUGAUGAGUAUGGUACGGCAACUGAGACGAAAGCUUUGGAGGAAGGCUUGUCGUGUCAAGCUAUUUGCGACAAAUACUUCAAAAUUCACAAGGAGAUUUAUGAAUGGUUUAACAUCAGUUUUGAUCACUUUGGAAGAACAUCCAAUCCAGAACAAACAGAGUUAUCUCAAGAUCUAUUCCUGCAACUAAAUAACAACGGAUUUAUGUUUACCCAGUCGGUGGAACAGUUGCACUGCGAAAGCUGCGAUCGCUAUCUCGCCGAUAGAUUUGUUGAAGGCGGUUGCCCAAACAUCGGUUGCAACUAUGAAGAUGCUCGGGGCGAUCAGUGCGACGGUUGCGGCAAACUAGUCAACGCCAUCGAGCUGAAAAAUCCCCGAUGUAAAGUUUGUGGGAAAACUCCAGUAUUGAAGACGUCUAGUCAGUUUUUUAUUGACUUGCCUAAGCUGGAACCAUUAUUACGUCACUGGAUGAAAAUUUCUAGUCCUGGCUGGUCCCACAACGCCGACGUCAUUGCUAAAUCUUGGCUAAAAGAAGGUUUAAAACCUCGAUGUAUCACCAGAGAUUUAAAAUGGGGUGUUCCCGUUCCCUUAGAUGGAUUCAGGAAUAAGGUCUUCUAUGUAUGGUUUGAUGCCCCAAUUGGGUACAUUUCUAUAAGUAAAGCCUACACAAAGGACUUUGAACAAUGGUGGAGACCCGCACCAGACGCGAAAGUCACCCUGUAUCAAUUUAUGGCUAAAGACAACGUUCCCUUCCAUGGAGUUCUUUUCCCAUCUAUGUUGUUAGGCGCUAAUAGGGGAUAUGUUACUGUGUCACAUAUUAUGGCAACAGAGUACUUAAAUUACGAGGAUGGCAAAUUUUCGAAAUCUCGUGGAGUCGGAGUAUUUGGCAACGACGCUCGCGAUACGGGCAUCCCCAGUGACGUGUGGCGUUUCUACUUGUUGUACGUUAGACCCGAGUCCCAAGAUUCCAGUUUUAGUUGGAGCGAUUUAGUCACCAAGAACAACUCCGAAUUGUUAAAUAACCUUGGCAAUUUUAUCAACAGAGCUCUCGUUUUCGCUAAAAACAACUUUAAUAAAACGAUCCCAAAGAUGGAAUUGGAUCAAGAAGACUACAAUUUACUAGCUCUUUGUACGCGCGAAUUAAAAGGCUAUGUCGCUUCCUUGGAAAAGGCUAAAUUAAGAGAUGGCAUCCGACAUAUUCUAGCCAUAUCCAAAUUAGGCAACCAGUACAUGCAGUCGAAUCAACCGUGGGUGAAAUUGAAGGGAGAUGAUAAAGAAAAGUUGAGAGCAGGAACUGUUAUAGGAAUGAGCUGUAAUAUUGCUUGCUUAUUGACGACACUCUUGGAACCGUACAUGCCCGAUACUAGUGCCAAUUUGAAGGCUCAGUUGAAAUGUGACAAUGUUGUGCUAGAUCCAGAAAACGUCGAAAUAAUAAACUUGCUUCCUGCCGGUCAUCAAAUAGGCGAGCCUUCACCACUGUUCGCUAAAAUUGAGCCCUCGCGAGUUGACGAAUUGAAAAGAAGAUUUGCCGGCACACAAGUCGAGAGGAACGGUAUUGCAAAGACCGCUGUGAGUGCCGAUGUAGCGACUUUGGAAGCCCAAGUUGCUAAACAGGCUGAUAAAGUGAGAGCUUUGAAAUCCAGCGCAGCGGACAAGACCAUUUGGCAACCGGAAGUAAAAAUCUUGUUGGAUUUGAAGGCCAAAUUGGAAGCUGUCAAGAAAGCUGCGACACCUGCGCCUCCAGCAGAUAAGCCUCUGGUAAAUGGAGUUGCUGGUAAUGGUGAAGAAAUCAAAGCCUUAGAAGCAGCAGUAACUGAACAGGGUUUGGUAGUGAGAAAACUAAAGGAGGGUGGUGCUGACAAAUCCGUUUGGCAGCCCGAGGUCCAAAAGCUGUUGUCGCUCAAAAAUCAACUAGCCAGCGCCACCGGAUCUCCAGUUCAACCGGCGAAGGGCAAGAAAAGUAAAAAGUAAGGUUAGAGAAUCACUAAAUAUAUCUCUAAAGGUUGUCUUACUUUCUAGUAGUUUAAAUAUACCUUUUCGACGUAAAAUUGCGUAACUUAUUUUUAUAAUUUAUGCUGUACAAUUUUUUAAAUUGCCACUUAAUCGGGUGGUUUAUUUUGAGAAUUACAGAAUAGUAUUAUUUAUUUUAA